GUCCUUAUCUGCCGUAGACCCGACUGCCGACACGCUAUUUCACCAGAUGGAGCCCAGGUUACUUCACACUUGUGGAACAAGUAUAGUGUCCCUCUAGCGCUUCGCUUAGGACUCCCAGAGCAUCUACGGGAUUACUACUCUUCGGGAUUCCAGAACCCCUCAGAGGCAGCCCUACCGCCCUGUGGUUCCAAACCCAUCCGGAACCCCAGACCUACGAUGGCUUUAGCUGCCGCAAGUGCGUCUUCUUUACGACGAGCUUCCACGAGCUUACAAGGCACAUCUCUCAUGAGCACCUAGAUGGGCGAACAGCGGCCCGACCACGGAUCAGCCUAUCCUACGACGAUGUCUACCUGCAGACCUGGGGGGCCGGGCCGAAUCGCCGUACGGAUGGGUAGUCAGGUACGGUUCGUCCAGUGCCCGGCCGCCUGCAAAAUAGAACCCUCUCGAGACAACCAAAGGAUAGAAGGACUGCUAUCUCGCAGAGAAAUCCAUGGCUAGACCGCACAGGCUGGCCCGA